ACUGAAACCCGAGAGGAGAGAGAGUGCAUUGCAUCACUACCCACUCCUCGCAACAUUGGUCGCCAUCCACCCACCUCUCCUCUUUCCAGUACCAAAACAGAUGGUGGAAAAAUCAUCACAUCUGCCGGGACGCAGGACAACAAUAGACAGCAUCUAGCCCAAGAGAACCGGGGCGUCCAUCAUGUUUGCUGUCAAGAGCUCCAUGAGGCUGUGAGCGCCGUCGUGAUUUUUGACACGGGGUACCAUCACGGCAGCCGAGGAUUCUUCUCGCGACUGUCUGGGCUCUCCAUCGAGUGGGGAAGAUGGCCGCCAUGAAAAUUUUAACCAGCAGUGGGCUGUUCUUAGCGUUCUGUGCGUUGGGAUUGCUAGCCAUGGCAAUCUGCACCGACUAUUGGUAUGAGACAGAUGCGCGUAGACACCGAGAAAGGUGUAAAAACUACGCCAACAAGAGAAACGACCCGGGGUACAUCUAUAUCUCAAAUAGCAAUCUCCCCCUCCAGAUGCCCCCAAAGGGCAUUGAAAGGAAAGGUAACAGUCCAAGUGCCGGAGCUCAGCCUCUUAUUAGGGAAAAACGGCACUUUCUGGCUGCAGCAUCAGCUAUGGAGUCCCACUGCAGUCGCCAGUUCAAUUCAACCAUCUCUGGGCUCUGGAGAAAGUGUCAUCGAGAUGGAUUUGACCUGGAGACAGAGGAUCUCAUAUAUAAAGGAUUGAUUCAGCGGUGCAUCCCAGUCAAGUAUCACUACUCUUCCUCCAUCCUUCCGCGCAAUUUACCCAUCAACAUCACCAAGACCAUCCGUCAGGAUGAGUGGCAUGCACUCCAUCUACGCAGGAUGACGGCUGGCUUUGUGGGCAUGGCCGUGUCCAUCAUCCUGUUUGGCUGGAUUAUCGGAGUGUUGGGCUGCUGUCAGCAGCAUGACCUCAUGCAGUAUGUAGCUGGACUACUCUUUCUCAUGGGAGGAACAUGUUGUAUCAUCUCCCUGUGUACGUGUGUGGCGGGCAUCAACUUUGAGCUGUCGCGUUACCCACGCUACAUGUAUGGCCUCCCAGAGGAUAUUAGCCAUGGCUACGGCUGGUCCAUGUUCUGUGCCUGGGGGGGCUUAGGCCUCACUCUGCUGGCUGGUUUCCUGUGCACCCUGGCCCCAUCCCUAAGCACCCCCUCCCGUACAACCGUCCACAAGCCCAGGCAGGAGAACGGAACCGUGUGAUGGGACUGUGUGACUGGCGCACAAAUAAGCAACACCCAUCCAACUUUGUCCAACGUUUUUGUCCAACCACCAUCUCACCUCGUCCCCCUUCCCUGUCCAUACCACCUCUGUCAUCCAUCUGAAUCAUGAGUGUACCAGAGAAAUUGUACAUGGGAGAACAGAGCAAAGACAAACCACACCAAACUGUACUAUUUACUGUACAUCUAAGACACAGAGCAAUGGCCCCAGAAUACUUUGGGACAUGGCAAGACCUUUUUGUUGUUAAACGUUUGACUACUAACUCUAUGGCAGCCUAAAGGCGACUGUUUGUCUGUUUUUUUUUCAAGAGGAAUUGUCUUAAAAUGGUGCUCUCUUUUAACACACACAACACAGAACACAGUCCAAAAGCUUAGAAAGAAACAAUAAGCAACAAACAAGAACAUGUGGCAGAGCAUCCUGUCAUCAUUCCUCUUUUAGUCGGGUGGUCUGUACUGUGUUUGUUAUUGUUCGCAACAAAAAAGGAUGCUGGCAUAAACUGUCCAAUGUUUUGAAUCAGCUGACUGAUGUCAACCAUUAUCCCUAGGAAGCAUUAUCCCUAGGAAGCAUUAUCCCUAGGAAGGACUUUACAGUUUAAGCCUAAAACCUGCUUCUUGCAUCAGAGGACAAAGAGCACAACAUGGAAAUGGCAGGGGUGGAACAGCAAGAUACAAUUUUGAAGAGCAAAUCUUUCAACGCUUCUAUGAUUCAGUAUGUACAAAUGCAUCUCUACGUAGAUUCAGGUCAUUGUUUGUAUAAAGUAACUUGAAUAAGAAAACAUGUUUCUGUUUGUUUCGACGUAACAAUGGAAAUUUGGGUCUUCAGUGAUGUUGUUUGCUGGAAUAAAUUGUAUGCUUCAUGAUUAGAAGAAUAAGAGUGAUCGCGAGGCACAUUAAGUACUGUUUGAGAGUAGCAGAGGCAGUUAAAGGUCCAGUGCAGUCAAAAAUGUGAUUUGUGUGUGUUUUAUAUACUGUAUAUUUCCACACUAUGAGGUUGGAAUAAUACUGUGAAAUGCUGAUAAUGCCAUUAUAGUGUAAGAGCUGUUUGAUCAGUAUUCCCCUCCCCACUCAGACCAUUCCCAGAACGUCCUAGCAAAAGUCUUGCUUGAGAAAUUGCUCUUUGCUAAGAAGCUAUUUUAAUUGAAAACAAUUACAGUAAGGUACUUGAUUAUUACCCAGAAAUGAUUUGAUAUUGAAAUAAAAACGUCUGCAUUGGACCUUUAAGGAACAGUGAAUAUUUUAUGUUGAAGGACGGGGUUCAAUGAAAAUAAAUGUAACCUUCUGGUAACACAUUCAAACUUAUAAACAAUGACAGACGGUAAUUUACAGUUAAAAGUGACAAUACCUGCCGUCUUGGAUUUGGCAGGAAUUGAACGGCAGACACCAGUGUUGGACUUGCAUUUAAUGUAUUCUGUCACAAAAACCUUCACAUAGCACAACACAUUGUAGCAAGUAUCAAUGCAUUGAGUGAUUUGGUUUGUGUGAAUUGCUUCAAGAUGCAGGUAUUUGCACAGCAUAGAUUCCCAAAGCUUCUGUUAAAGUUUAUCAUUGAAUCCAUGUCUUACUCAACACAACAUUUCUGUUAAUAUUCUUCUGUAAGUGAAAAUGAGUAAUGUUGAGAGUUACAUUGAGAGAGCAGUAGGGCUGUGAAAAGUCAUACUCAAUGUCAUGUUUACAUCAGUAACACCACUGGCAUGUUGUUUUUUCCUGUCUACCAAUCCUUCUCUCCUCACGUUUGAGGCAGGGGUGUCUGCUCUUGCCCAUAGCUGUUCUCUGUAUUCUUCCUCAGUAGGGGGAAACUAGGAACCAGCUUAGGUCUUUUGGAGACAAGACCAAUAAUGUGGCAGCUUGUCAGCAGACAACAUGAUGUCCUGUUAAAGCAUCAACUGCAUCACUUCAGUAUGAAGGAUCCCUAUUGAGUCAACCACUUUCCUGCAAGUGGGCUGAAUGAAUUGAGGGAGCUCACCAUUUCUAUUUUCAGUGCCACUUUUGCCCCAGGCAACAGGCAGUCUUACUGGCCCUUUGCAGUUUUCUGAGUCCCCUUCGCAAUUCAUAGAGAUCAGGAGAGGUCAAAAGGCCCUCAUUUGGGUAACAUUUGAUUAAUGUACUCUGUAAGUGCACAGUUCUUGCAGGACUUGAGAGGUGUAAUAAUGAUACAAGCACACUUGUGUAUUACAUAAAGGGUCUGGGAUGAAACUCAGGCCAUGUUGGGAGUUUGUUUGUGGCAGGUCUGGGUUCAGACAGGCUUCGGAGGCUAGCACUACACAUGAAUUAAGAUGGAAUUACAGGUAAGAUGGAAUUUAUAUAUUUUGUGAGUACAGAGUACUCAAGGAACACUGUUUUGUUACCUAUAUUAAAAAAAGCACUAAUUGUGACACUUUUUCAGCAGUGUUAUGAGGUGAGGUGAUGAGCUAUAACCUUUCCAGUGAAUUAGUAUUUGACUGUAGAUAAAAACAUUGCCUCAAAGUGACUACAAAGUGAAACAUCCCAACAUUGUUACUACAUGUAGCACCACCUCAGACUUGUAAAAGAGUUGUGGAUAUUGGUGGUGUUCUGCUGCCAUUCUGAGCUCAUCCACAGUCUUCUCCUCCAGCUUAUAUCAACACACAUGUACAGGUUUUGUCCCUUAGAUCUCUAAAUUGGCCAAUGAUAUUGAAUGCAUGGAUAAUUGCUACAAUAAACAAUACAUGUAUUGCAAUUGCGUUGUUUGAGUAAUGAUAAAGGCUUUGUUGCUAAUCCGGUUGAUAGAGAAAAAUCUGGGUAGCAUAGCAAGAUUUCGGAAAAAGUAGUAAAAUGGCCACAUAAAAAAGAAUGAGAGAAGGGGUAAGCACAAUAUACAACUUGUAUGCAAAAGUGACAGCUAAGUACUUCUCUUAUUGGGACUUCUAGUGUUUCAUGAGGAACUGGAAAGUGUUCAGCGUGAGCAAUGUGGGACACUGUGUACAAAUGCCACAAUUUCAAGUGGCACCUCUUUAAGUAGCACUGCUAUGAUUUUCUACAAGUCAUUUAUACUGGUUCAAUCCACGAGGAUGGAGAAAGACGAUUAAAAGACAUUAUAGUCUCGCAUGAGAUCAUUAUGGUUCAUUUCUUUUAAUGUAUUCAAACUUGUGUCCAUUUUUGAAACUAAUUUAUUUUACUGAAAUAAAAUGUAAUUAAUAUACUAUUCUGAA